CCACCGCCUCAUUCAGCAAACGAAAACCCUAAAACGUAGUCAUGGCGUGCACAAUCGAUUUCCGGUGCCUCGACGAGGGCUUCGGCGGCAAGACCUACAAGCGGAAGCGAGAGGAAUCCCAGAAUCAGAUCAAUGAAGCCACGGCCCCCAUGGAGGUCGAAGAGGAGGCGGAUACGUGUCCACCUGCGGCGAAGAGAUGGGCGGUUGCGUCGGCGGAGAACCCGGACAAGCCGAGCUAUACCGGGGUGAUAUCGGGGAGGGUCUCUGGCCGGAAAUGGAAGCAGGCGAGGAAGCAGAGAGCGUCGGCAGCUAAGGUGAGCCUGAAGGGCACGAGCUUCGAGGAGAGGGACAAGCAGAAGGAGAUAAAGAAGGCGUACAAGGAGAGGAUGACGGAGCUGAAGGAGGCGAUUAGGCAGAACAAGGUGGAGAAGAGGAAGAAGAGGGAGGAGAGGGAGAAGAAGAAGAAGGAGAACAUUCUGAGGUCCGGGACCAAGCUCCAGAAGAUCACCAAUCCCAAGACAUUGAAGAAGAUCGCUCAGUCCAAGCAGAAGAAGCUCCUCAAGGUUGUUCCCGACGAGAUGUUCAACAAGAACAAGAAGAAGAACUAGUAGAGUCACUUUUUUUUUUCUUCAUUAUUUUUUGUGCUUUUAAUUGACGGUUAUAAAUGCGGUAAUUAUGAUUUUGUUUAUAAAUCUCGCAUUUGCUUCGCAUCUGA